GAAACGACUGAGAAUUUCACUGAAGAACCUUCUGUUACUACUGAACCUUAUACAAUGGAAACAGCCUCAGAAUCUCCUGUUGUGGAAACAACUAUAAAUUUGACAGAAGAACCUUUAACCAAACCUACUAUAAUUGCAAGAACUGAGUAUCCCAGUUCCACACCAACAACCACAUCAGAACCUGUAACACUGACAAAAGCAGAGCCCUUUACCACAACAAUAACACAAAUUACAUCUACCAGUAGUACUACAGAAUUACAGCCUACAACAGUGGCAACUACAACAUUACAACCCGCAACAAUUGCUACUACUACAAAUACAACUGCAAUGUCAACUGCAGUAAUCUUAACGCCAGAAACCACAAUGGCAUCUUCCACAACACUUCCAGCAGGGACUACAGAGACAACCGUUGUACAUAAUCAAACUACUGUUAAUACCCCGACCGUAGAUACUUCUACAGUAAGUACAUCUGCUACCUCCGUUUCAGAACCUACUACAAUGACAAUACAUAACUUGCAAACUACAACACCAGUUAGCCCACUGACUACACUGACUACACCAGCUAUUACUGUGCCCUCAACACUAACACUGGCUACUACAGAACUUUCUACAAUGGCAACACCACCCCCUUCCUCCUCAAUAUCUUACACUACAGUGUCAACAACAAAGCCUUUUACUACAUCGGUAUCAACAGUACAGAUUAAUAAUAUCAGCUCCACAUUGCAGCUUACUACAGAGUCUUCAACUACCAUAACAACAACUAAACCGACUACUAUAGUGACAACUGAGACUUCCAAUUCCACAGCAGCAACUACAACAAAACCCGCAACAUUGGCAAAAUCCGAGCCCUCUACUACAGCAGUUACAACAGUAGUAUCUACCGAUGGUACUACAGAAUCCCAACCCACAACUGUGGCAACUACUACAAAACCAUCAACAACAUUAUCUACCAAUGCCACUACAACAUUCCAGCCCACAGCAAUUGCAACUACUACAAAUCCAACAGCGGCAACGGCAUCUACAAUGAUCGUGGUUGCUACGGGGGCUACUGUUGUACCCAACCAAACGACGGCGGGGACCCUGACCAGCCAGAAACCCAAUACAAGUACAAAAGCCCCCCCGAUGCCCCCAGCGCCAACAGGCACACCUACCAAAACUGUGCUGAGAUUCACCAGCUCUGAUCCUAUUGGCUCUGCUGCCGCAAUAAAUGCGCUGGUGCAAAAGAUUUGUUCCACGUUUCUACCCAAAUACCAGCGCGGCGACAUCACCGUGACCUGGGGGCAAAGCGUCACGACGGUUAAUUGUGCUUCUGUCAUAACUGCCCCCCAGUGAAUUCUGCCCCAGGGGGGGCGCUGCACAAUGAAUGAAUAAGGAGAUAAGUACUAUAUGGGGGUCAUUUAUUAACACUGGGCAAAUUUGCCCGUGGGCAGUAACCCAUAGCAACCAAUCAGUGACUGGC